GAACUUCGUGUGGAAUUCCUAUUCCUUUCCUUUCUUGUUGGAUAUUUGGGUUGUUUCUUGUCUCCGUUCUGUUGCCUAUCUUUCUUCCCACCUUAUUGUCGACUUUCCGUGAAGGUUGAGAAGGGCCUGUACUAUUACACCUACCGAUUCUUCAACAAACAUGUCUUUCGAUAACAAAGGGUCCAUUACCACCUAUACCGAAGUCGAUCCCCACGAUGUCCAACACCAAAAUCACAUGAAAAAGAUUCGCUUGAUUGACGGUGUCCGCAUAGGCCUCACCGGGCUUGCUCUUCUUUGCGGUCUUACUGUGCUCGGUACUUCAGCCAACACCCUGGCUGUGUAUAACACAACCCACCUAUCAAGCGAUUUCCACCUACCAUUGUGGCCUGAUCGAUUUAAUGUUCGUCCUACGGUGGCGCUCGUGGUUGGCGGAACCCUGGUGGCCAUUGCCAACAUCGUGUCUUUACUGUUCAGCAAGACCAGACUUCGCAACCAGGUCUCGAUUCACUCAUCCGUCGCCCUUGCUGCACCCUUUGUGGGUUUCACGGCUGUCAUGAUCAGCAUGAUAUUCUUUUAUGUCGUCAAUGCCUCGACGACAGAUAACACACUACAGAGCUGGAGCUGCCUGUGGGGCUCUGCGGUUUUGAGUGCAAAGCCACACUUCGGCUCGUUGUGUAAUGAGAGCCAAACAGCUCUAUAUUUGUCCAUUGUGCUGGUGCCGGUUGAAUUGACCAUUCUCACACUCGCUGGGUAUCAGUCGAUUUUAGAGAGAAAGUCUAUCAGUGCCAGGCCAUUGCCAAAGUCUGGCAGCCCUGUGCCAUCGUCGUAAGAUAUGACAGGUCAUGGCGUCUUUAGCCUAGCUCUAAACCUGCACAUGGCCGUGUGCUAACGCCCCUACAAUAACACGAGGUCCAAUGUUUUUCUUUUCUUUUUCUUUUUCUUCCAGGAUCUUCUUUGACAAACUUGGAGGUGGGCAAGAGAGUUCAACUGAUAGGCCGCGGGCGAUAGAUGAAGCCGAAUUACGGACGGUGGUAAUCUGUAUAACAACUGUAAGAGUGCAGCGGGAAGAAGUGGCGAUGAGUUAUAUGUUAUCUAAAUGGAUGGUGCGGGUUGACGUUCUGGGUCACGUCCAAUAUAUACCAGAGACAGAGUGAUUGGUGCGAUAUUUCGGAUCUCGGUAGCGCAUAAUAACGUUUAAUUCGG